AAUCCAGAUAAAUUACUCAGGAACAGAGGAGCCACCUGUGACUGCUGGGACACACUGAAGACUUCCAGCAUUGCAAACUUCCUAUUUCAGGAGUUCUCGAAGAAAAUAACAAGGAGGCCUUAACAGAACCUAACUUUUUAUUGAACUGCUAGGCCUAAAAUGGCCACUAACUUGGCCCUUCAGGCUCCAGCCUUACAGGCAGGGCUUCUACAAGUGAUGGUAAAGGAAGAAGACAACCAGACCUGUGGACAAGAAUCUGGGCUGCCAAGAAAUAACUCUUAUACCAGAGAGAUCUUUCGUCGACGCUUCAGGCAGUUCUGUUAUCAGGAGACACCUGGGCCCCGGGAAGCUCUUCGGAGACUCCAGGAGCUCUGCCGGCAGUGGCUGAGACCAGAGAUUCAUACCAAGGAGCAGAUCCUGAAGCUGCUGGUGCUGGAGCAGUUCCUGACCAUCCUGCCCGGAGAGCUGCAGAGCUGGGUGCGGGAGCAGCAGCCAGAGAGCGGGGAGGAGGCGGUGACCGCGCUGGAGAAUUUGGAGAGAGAGCUGGAUGAGCCAGGAGACCAGGUCCUCGCUCGUGCUUGUGAACAGGUGCAAUGCGGGAAGCAGAAGGCAACUCUGGGAUCAGCCCAGGAGCCAUCACAGACCCACAUUUUGGAAGCGCAGCAUCAGUGUGCCUUGCAGGAGGUGUCACCGAUUCAGGAGAUGGAUGGCAAGGCUGGAACUUGGGAUGUGGAGGUAGGGCCAAAGAAGGAAACUUCUAAAGAAAUGAAAUAUCUUGUGGAAGUCCCUGGAACAGUGAAUGCUGAAACCUCUCAGGGCCCUGAAUCUGGGGACAUCUGUGACAAUGAAGGCAAAUCGGAAAAGCAGCGGACAAGCUCCUUAGUGGAGAGACCCUUUGUGUGUGGCAACUGUGGGAAAAGUUUCACCCAGAACUCCAUCCUUAUCGAGCACCAAAGAACACAUACAGGCGAGAAGCCCUAUGAAUGUGAGGAGUGUGGGCGGGCCUUCAGCCAGCGGUCUGGCCUAUUUCAGCAUCAGAGACUCCACACCGGAGAGAAGCGCUACCAGUGCAGUGUUUGUGGCAAAGCCUUCAGCCAGAAUGCCGGGCUUUUCCAUCACCUCAGAAUCCACACCGGAGAAAAACCUUACCAGUGCAGCCAGUGCAGUAAAAGUUUUAGCCGGCGGUCUGUCCUCAGUAAGCAUCAGAAAAUUCACACCGGAGAGAGACCGUAUGAAUGUGGAGAGUGUGGCAAGAACUUCAUUUACCAUUGCAACCUCAUCCAGCAUCAGAAAGUCCACCCGACAGCCGAAUCCAGCUAGCUCCUUGGGGCACAUAGGGCCAGGUUUCCUGAUGCCGGACCACUGGGCAAGGUCACAGGGCACUGCUUCUUGUUUUGUCCUGAAGAGAACAGUAGGACUUUAAUCCUCUAGCGAGGAUUAAACUCACUUAACUCUCAUGCUGAAAGAUACAUAACAAUGUCUUACAUGCAUCUGCUCAGUUGGCGGUGUUCGGUGACAUCCAGAGCUUUGCCAUCCAGACAUUGCUUUUUCUGCACUUUUGAUCUACUGUGCAUACUGCAGAUCUUGUUUCUCAGAUGCCUGUGCAAGAUGUUUUCCAGGAGCGCUUCAGGAAAACUCGUCUUUAUCCUAGCUUUUAAAAAUAGUCAAUGUUUAAAAAGAAAGAAACGUGAAAAAACUCUUUGUAGUCUGAGUACAAAAUAAUGUCACAGAGGUUCAUGGAAUUUUGAAAAUAAUUGUAGUGCAAUGCAAAUUGCCUGACUCCUUUCUGUUCCCAGAAGAUAGGAUGAUAUGCCUUUUAAUCUACAAUAGAGGACAAGCCAAUCCUGCCCUAUGUUUUGCUCUGUGAAUUUCAGUGAUUCAAGCUUUAAUCAAGGACCAAGACAUUGAAACAGCCAUGUGUUUUAGCAGUUUAGUGACUAGUCACAACAAACAAUGUUCAUGAUUUUAAAUUUGUGAAGAGAUCAAAGAACGUUGGCUAAAAAUCUGAUAUGUCUGUUCAGAUCUUUGUUCUGAAAAUAUAACCAAUUUUUUAUGUUUCCUGUGA